GCGGGGGCUGGGGAGCAGACAUGGCGGCGGACCUGAACCUGGAGUGGAUCUGCUCCCUGCCCCGGUCCUGGACUUACGGGAUCACCAGGGGCGGCCGCGUCUUCUUCAUCAACGAGGAGGCGAAGAGCACCACCUGGCUGCACCCCGUCACUGGCGAGGCCGUGGUCACCGGGCACCGGCGGCAGAGCGCAGAUUUGCCAACUGGCUGGGAAGAAGCAUAUACCUUUGAAGAUGCAAGAUACUAUAUAAACCAUAAUGAGAGGAAAGUGACCUGUAAACAUCCAGUCACAGGGCAGCCAUCACAGGACAAUUGUAUUUUUGUAGUGAAUGAACAGACUGUUGCAACCAUGACAUCUGAAGAAAAGAAGGAACGACCGAUAAGUAUGAUAAAUGAAGCUUCUAACUAUAACAUGACUGCAGAUUAUGCAGUGUAUCCAAUGAGCCCUGUAGGCAGAACUUCAUGGGCUUCAAAAAAAGUCCAUAACUUUGGAAAGAGAUCAAAUUCAAGUAAGAGGAAUCCUAAUGCACCUGUGGUCAGGUGAGGUUGGCUUUAUAAACAGGACAGUACUGGCAUGAAGCUCUGGAAGAAAUGCUGGUUCGUGCUUUCUGACCUUUUCUUUUAUUACAGAGAUGAGAAAGAAGAAGGUAUCCUGGGGAGCAUACUGUUACCUAGUUUCCAGAUAGCUAUGCUUACCUCCGAGGAUCACAUUAAUCGGAAAUAUGCUUUUAAGGCAGCCCAUCCGAACAUGUGGACCUAUUAUUUCUGCACAGAUACAGGAAAGGAAAUGGAGUUGUGGACGAAAGCCAUGUUAGAUGCUGCCCUGGUACAGACAGAACCCAUGAGAAGAAUGGACAAGAUUACAUCUGAAAGCACCAAAGAAAUAAAUAACUUUCCCAACCAUAGAGUGCUGAUUAAACCAGAGACCAAAAAUAACCAGAAAAACAAGGAAAUGAGCAAAAAUGAAGAUAAAAGGGUGUUAGAAGCUGAAAAAUACGGAUUUCAGAAGGAUGGUCAAGAUAGACCUUUAACAAAAAUUAAUACUGUGAAGUGGAAUUCUCUGCCAUCUGAAAAGGAGAGCGGGUCAACAUGCCCGGCUCAGACUGGACACUACAGGCCAGUCAGUGUAAAUAGCUCAGAAAACAAAACAGUCAAUGUCAGCCUGGCAGAUCUUAGAAGUGGAAAUCACCCAAAUGCAGGGCCCUUACACCCAGAGGCUGAUCAGGUCAUACAGAGAACAAAUUCAAUGCAACAGCUGGAGCAGUGGAUUAAAAUCCAGAAAGGGAGGGGUCACGAAGCAGAACGGGGAGUAAUCUCUUACCAAACGUUACCAAGAAAUAUGCCAAGCCACAGAACCCAGAUCGUGGCCCACUAUCCUGAAGGUUACAGAACACUACUAAGAAGCAGUAAGACCAGGCCUGAAAGCAUCUGCAGUGGAGCCCCUUCCACUCACGACAAAACAGUAGGGCCCAGAGCAGAAGAGAAGCGGAGAUCAGUGAGAGAUGACACGAUGUGGCAGCUCUACGAGUGGCAGCAGUGUCAAUUUUGUAAUAAGCAGAGCACCCUCCCUCGUCAUGGUACUUUGACCAGCCCUAAAACCAUGGUUAAUAUUUCUGACCAGACAAUGCACUCUAUUCCCACAUCACCUUCCCAUGGGUCAAUAGCUGCUUAUCAGGGAUACUCCCCUCAGUGAACCUACAGAUCAGAAGUGUCUUCACUGAUUCAGAGAGGAGAUGUACCGAUAGACUGCAGGCACAGGACCCAUCACCCUAAGCAUGUCUAUGUGCCUGACAGGAGGUCAAUGCCAGCUGGCCUGACUUUACAGUCUAUUAGUCCCCAGAGCCUCCAAAGCAAAACUCUGUCACAAGAUGAAUGUAGAGGUACAUUACACAAAUACAGACCUGAAGAAGUAGAUAUUGAUGCCAAGUUAAGCCGAAUAUGUGAACAAGAUAAAGUGGUACAUGCUCUGGAAGAGAAACUUCAGCAACUCCACAAGGAGAAGUACAUGCUUGAGCAAGCUUUGCUUUCAGCCAGCCAGGAGAUAGAAAUGAAUGCAGAUAACCCAGCAGCCAUUCAGACCGUGGUGUUGCAGAAGGAUGAUUUACAGAACAGACUGCUUAGUACAUGCAGGGAACUCUCUCGAGCCACUGCUGAACUGGAACGAGCAUGGAGAGACUAUGACAAGUUAGAAUACGAUGUAACUGUUACCAGGAAUCAGAUGCAAGAGCAGCUAGAUUGCCUUGGUGAAGUUCAGACUGAAUCAGCAGGAAUCCAGCGUGCACAGAUUCAGAAAGAACUCUGGAGAAUUCAGGAUGUCAUGGAAGGGCUGAGUAAACAUAAACGGCAAAGAGGCAUUACAGAAACAGGUAUGGCAGGAUCAAAACCUUUCUCAACAGUUAAGUACAAAAAUGAGGGUCCACAUUAUAGACUGUACAAGAGUGAACCAGAAUUAACAACAGUGGCAGAAGUUGAUGAAUCUAAUGGAGAAGAAAAAUCAGAACCUGUUUCAGAAAUGGAAACUUCAGUUAAAGGUUCCCACUUCCCUGUUGGAGCCGUCCCUCCAUGGACCAAAUCGCCAACACCUGAGUCUGCGACAAUAGCCUCAUAUGUAACCUUGAGGAAAACUAAGAAGAUGAUGGAUUCAAGAACGGAAAGACCGAGAAGUGCAGUGGAACAGCUCUGUCUGGCUGAGAGUACUAGACCAAGGAUGACUGUGGAGGAACAAAUGGAAAGAAUAAGGAGACAUCAACAAGCAUGCUUAUGGGAAAAGAAAAAAGGACUAAAUAUUAUUGGUGCUUUAGACCAGUCACCCUUACAGAGUCCUUCAAAUUUAAGGGAUAAUCCAUUCAGGGUCACCUAGACUCGAAGGAGGGAUGAUACCAUUAAGGAACUGGACACUAUCAUUAGAGAAAAUGAAGUAAAACCAAACCGUGAAACCCCUGCAGCAGAAAUUGGUUGACUAAAAGAAGCUGAACCUCAGAACUCGGAUUACAGCAAAGAGUGCACAAAAGAAAAUGAAAACAUUUUUCAUAAAACACUUUCCAUACCUGAACCAAAUGGAAUAAACUCUAAGGAAGUGAUGGAUAAGGAAAGAAACACAGAGGACACGCCUGAGGAGAUUUCAAACAGCACCCAAGAAGAGGCACAGAUCACAAAUCAUAAAGCAGAAGACGACCCUGAAGAAAAUACAAAGGAUGAUAUUCAUGUGCAAGAAGAAACGGUUAUUUCUUAUGAACUAACUCCUAAGGCUUCUAGAGAAAAUCAAACAAUGGCAGUGAAAAGUCUGUCCCCAUCUCCUGAGUCCUUGUCCUCUCCAGUACUAUCCGUUCAGCCACAGCUCACGGAAGGAUCCCAUUUCAUGUGUGUGUAGUCUCAAAAAAUCUCUACUGACUUGUGUAGAAACCAUUCAAAGCUAAGGACAUGGACCUUUGGCAAUGUGAGAAGAUAUUGUAUAGUAUAUUUUAAAUCUAUGAAAUUCAUAGUUCUGAUGCUUUUGGCCACAGAGCAUCAUUUUAGCACUUCUGGAAAAUGUUUAUUCCAAAACAGCUUUAAUAGCCCAUAUGUACACUCCAUAAUCUCAAGGUUAUUAUUCUGACACCAGCUUCCUGCUAUGAUUUCAGAGCACAUAAGUAAAGGUGCUUUUUAAUGUGCAGUCUACAGCCAGAGCUUACUUAGUUUGCUGAUUUCCAGAUUUUGAUAUUUCUAAAGUCUAGGUGGAUUUACAUUUCUUUCUGCUUCCCAGUAUAUAAAUUUAGUUAAUAUUUCCAAUGAGCUUGUUUUCUUUCUUUUUUCUUCUGUCCAUUUGGCUACUGCGAUGCUAUAUAUAUAUUUAAAAUGUGCCAUUUUAUUAUUGCUAAGUGAAGUCUGUCCUGUUUCCUGCUAUAAUUAUUUCUCAAGAUUGCAACAUCAGCAGUACUGCUACGCUCUCGUCAGCUUCAACACAAAUGUCAACGCUUACUUUUUCUUAAAAAAAUAAAAGUUUAAAAUGUAGGUAUUUUGAAGUACUGGGCUCAUACUUCACU